AUGACUACUGCGCCCCCGGUACCUCACCCUGUCAGCGACAGUGGAAUGAACGGCCAUGGUCAUCAUGGUAUGCCACGCUAUCAUCCCAUUGCAAUGAAUCCAAAUCCCCCACCUCAUCCAUCAAUGCCUCCGCCGGAGCAGAUGGUGCAAAAUCAUCAUUUCCGCCAUUUUGCACCGCCGCCAUUGCACGAUCAUCAUCCACAUGCCGCUCCCUCGCCGGUGCCGCAACCGCCAAGUCCGAGUUCAUUGGAGCAGAUUGAAGUUCGCCUACGACAGUUGGAACAUGAAGAGAUGAAUCGAAUGGCUGCCCGCCACCAUAUCCUUGCAGUGCGCAAGCGGGAAGACGAAGAAUUUCGCAGAUUAACAGAAAGCGCCGAGGCCGAAGAAGAGGACCUGCGAAGGCAAAGAAAGAGGAUUAAGAGAGAGUCGAUGGGCUUGGUUCAGAAUUCUACAGUCGACUCGCCGCCAUUGCGGCCUACACCACCUCGCCGGUUGUCAGAGACCAGCGCGGCUACAACGCUCGCUUUCUUUAAGCAGCAGAGCCCACCAGAGCCUCGUCAAACUCCUCUUCCUGUAUCACAACCUCCACCCCCACCUUCUAUGCCCCCGCCGGCUCAUAUGCACCCUCAAUCUCAUCAACCUCAUCAAAAUCAUCAAAAUCAUCAGCCUCAUCAGCCUCAUCAGCCUCAUCAACCUCACCCACCUCACCCACCUCACCCACCUCACCCAUCUCACCAAGCCCAUCAGCCUCAUAACCCUCCCCCGCCUCCGCCUCCCCCAACUCAGCAGCACUCUAUUGCUCCGCAUGAUUCUUCUACUGGCCUUAGUUCUAUUCGACGCAAGCAAAAGUACACUAUCAAGAAUGUUGAAGCCUGGGGUGAGCGCCAUGGCCGUCCCGCGGCGCAUGAUCCAUCUGGCCGCGCCUUAUGGAAGCGGCCAUCUGAUGGAAGCCUAGUCUAUCUCACAUGUCCUAUUGCAGGGUGCGGGAAAUCAGACUUCGUCACCCUCCACGGAUUCAUGUGCCAUUUGACCAAAAAACACAAAGACCGCACAUUGGGCAGCCAGUCACGCGCCCUCGAACUCUGCGGCAUUGUUUACGACCCUAAUGCUCCUCUCCCACCCACUAGGGCCAGCAACCGCGCGUCUACGGAGGGGAGCCCCGCAGCAAUGGACCAUGAUAGCGAACAGCGAGAUGACGAGCUCGACUCCGAGGACGAAGAAAUGGAUGACGACCGCCGGGAAGAGUCAUAUCGAACGCAGAAGACUCCCCCCCUACCUCUUGACAUCUCGACGCCCCCCAAACCUACUAUCAAUGGAUCUAUUAAGCAGUCCAUUUCCUCCAUUAUCGACCGCACUCCGGAACUGGAGCCGCGGGAAGCCCUUGCAUCCCUGCCGGCUUCAGAAAGCAUCUCUCAAGGGCCAAUGCCAUACCCCGAACAGACAGUCCCCGCUAAGCGCAAAUACGAGUACUCACCUGAGAAGGAGAACACGAAGCCGAAGGAGGGCUCUACAACUGAAUAG